UAAAGUGAGCGAACAAAGAGAACUCCCAGCAGCCGCCUGCCAGCUCCUCGCAGCUGCAUCAGGAGACGUCAGUCACGCCCGGGAAGGCUGUUUGAAUACGCCUCCCAGAGAAAAGAGCUCAAGUGAAUAAUUGAUGGAGAUUGAUCCGCCCAGGACAAAGCUUGCAGAAAACCAGCGCAUCCGAUUUCGAGCGGUUUUGGAAUCCUCUGCCAAGAAUAGGAUAUGGGAGCGAAGCAAGGACUUGGAGCGCAGCUACAGAUCUUCCAUCUCGGGUGUGGCUCCGGCCUUUUUGUCUUCUAGCCACCUCCCCUGUCACCCGCUCCUUCCCCCACCCCGGCCCGUCCCCGCCUUCUUCUCUUCCCUAUGAAAGUAGCCUCUCUUUGGUUACUUCUACCCCAUCCUGCCUUGCAGUCCCGCCCUCUCCCCUGCCCAGUCCGGUGAGGUCAGCUCAUGAAUAUCAGUGCACUUCCUGAGGAGCGUCUGGCACCGCUUGGUACCUCGCGUGUUCGCCGGCUUGGAGCCGCAGCUCAGCCGAGUCGCGGACCCCGGGAAGUAACCGGCUCUGGGGGCCGCCGAGCCUGCACGUUAACGCCAUUGUCUGGAGAAAUCGAGUGGGUGUGGAACUGGGGCGAGAGGGCCCAAAGUCGUGCUCAGCCAAAAAGUGGCACAUAAUACUACGAAGUUAAACUUUCCUCGUCUUAAAAAGACGUAAAAAUAAACCCUGAGGUCGCCGGAGGAUCAGAAGGAAAACGCUGUUGAUGCAACUUCGAAACAUCGCGUCUGCAGAGAAGUGAGCAGUUCUGGAUUUCUAAAGGGAUGGGGAUGAGAGAUGGGGUGGGUCAAUGGGCAGAUAAAAUUUGAGAUUAAAAUUGUUGGUUUGUGCCCAUCCGGGGUUGCUUGGUUGGCGAUUUCCACGGGGGAAGCCUUGAAGAGGCACAGCAUCUUGUCACUUUGUGAGAAUCACGUGACAGCAUGGUACCUUUGAUGUGGGAGCCCAGUUCCUGAGCUUUCUCCUGGGUUAGAGCUGUCUGGGAGCCGAAUUUAAACGUUGUCAGGGGACUCUCAGCUCCUAAGUGAUGAUGCUUAAUUCAAAAAAAAAAAUAAGGUUGCAUUGGCAAUAUAGCUUGGUUAGGUGGUCCGCAUUAGUAUGACCCAUGCCGUUGAACUAGGCCAGACAUUCUAGGAGGAUGUGGCUCUGAAGAACGUGUAGAAAAUAAGUUGGUGGAUAACUUUUUUCCCCUUAGUGACUUCUUUGUUCGUCAUUAUUUUUUAAACUGUUGGGGGAGAUCCCAAAAGAGAAAGUCAGGGGCAGAAGGAAACUUCCAGUAAUAUUUCUUCAUAAAAUGAGGAAUUGCUGCAUGUUCACUAAGUUAUGAUACUUAAAAUGGACAAUAACAGGAAUAAUGCUAGUAAAAUAACUGGCAAGCAUCUCUUCUCCUAGUAGGAGGAUUUUUUCUUCUUUUUUUUUUAGCAGAACUUUCUGCCUAGUCAUACCCCUUUCGGUGCUUUAAAGAGAGAUGGUAGCUCUAAGGAAAAAGCACCAAACUGACAGUCGACCAGGUAGCUGGAUCACUAGGCAAAAGAACCCAGGAGGCAAUGGCUUGCUAUUUUCCAGAUUUUAAAAGCUAGUGAUGGAUUUAUCUUGGAAAAAAUACACAAUAGAGGUUUAUCUUGCCACCAUGAGUAAAGAUGUACCAUGUUUCUUGGCUGGAGGGUCAUUCUGUCUCAGAAUUUGGCUUCAUAGAAGGAAUCCGGCACUUUAAAAGUACAACUUUACCUAUGAUAUAAACUUUACCUGUGAUAUAUACCAUGUAAUAAGAUGUUUAAGAAUGAAAAUAUCUUCUAUCUGGCAAUUACACUUAAAACUAAAAUGACUCACAAGAACUAUAAAAUUCUGAUAAAUGUAGAAGUCAUCACGUGUAACUUAAGACAUUGUGCAGGGCUAGCAAUAAACUUUUCCAAAAGUAUUUUAAAAAUUGUUUACCAAAGCUUAAAGAAGAAUACUUUUAGGGUUACUAAUAACUAAACCAUCUAGAUGAUCCUGAGUGCCAUUACUUUCUUAAAAUGAAGUUGAUUUAAAAAUCACUCAUUACUUUUUGUCUUAGUUCCAGUCUAAAAGAAAAUGGGUGAAUUUCUCUAACCAAGAACAACAGUAAGAGUCAGACCUAUCUGCGAAAUGUAUCCACAGCAAAAUUCCUGUAGGAACCUACAUCAUAACCCCAUUCCUUUCUUUGAGAAUAGUAAUUAAAUAAAAUGUUCUCUACUCAACUAGGUUUUAAAAUGUGGAUUCAAUAAGGAGGAAAAUCAAAGUUGAAAAAGCAGGGUAUUCAACUCUACCAUGUGGACUUCUUUUCCUUCUGAAGCUUCUUCCUGACUUUAUCCCCUCAUCUUUUUCUUUUUUCUUUUUUUUUUUAAUUCUCCCUUCCCAUCAAUUCUUUUCUGACCCAUAUCUCACCAUUGCCAGAACCUGCUACCGUGAGAAUUUUAGGUUCAGCUGCUUUCCCAUCAUCAUCGUUUAACUGAGAUGGAGUGAGUUGGAGAUGGUGCCUCCCUCAACAAAAUGAAAAUAGACUCUUCUGCAUCCUCUUCCUAAAUUCAAGGCUUCUGUUAAGUGCUUUACAAAUUUCAUGAUUUUCUAGGGCUUCUCUUUUACGGGGAAAUCACCCUUUGCUCCGGAAAAAUGCAGACGUGUUGUGUGCUUCCCUUCUUUUGUUUCUAUCUCAGAUUAGAAAGGAAGGUUGGCGGAUUUGAGAAGGGAAAAGAAUGAUCUGGUGAUGAACCAUUCUAAUCUCAUCUGGUAGAUUCUUUCCAGACCGCUAUGAGUCAGCCACCGAUGGGGGGCGCUGCCCCCGCCACAGCCACAGCUUCUGCAGCCACUUCUGCCACUGAGGCUCGACUGCACCCAGAGGGCAGCAGCAGAAAACAGCAGCGUGCUCAAUCACCUGCCAGACUAAGGGACAAUUCGGUCCGACAGACAACCGCGACCACCCGGUCCCCCGUGGGGGCCGGCACUAAACUCAAUUCUGUUCGACAGCAGCAGCUGCAGCAGCAGCAGCAGGGCAACAAGACCGGGAGCCGCUCAGUGCCUCCGAUCAGCGCCCGAGGAGGCGGAGGCGGGGCGGAGAAGGCUGCGCCCCUGGCGCCCAAAGGGGCCGCGCCGGGAGCUGUCCAUCUCGCGGCUGGUGCUGAAGCGGCCCCUGCGGCGACCCUGGCCCCCGUGGGCGGCAGGAGGCCUGGCCCGUCGGAGGAGCCAUCCCGGGAGCUAGAGCCGGUGUCCGCUAAACUCGGGGAACCCCCUCCGCUCGGGGAAGGAGGAGGAGGGGGUGGGGAAGGAGGAGGAGCCGGCGGUGGCUCCGGGGAAAGGGAGGGGGGCGCUCCGCAGCCGCCGCCGCCGCCCAGGGGCUGGCGAGGGAAAGGCUUACGCGCUCAGCAGAGGGGCAGCAGCGGCGGGGAGGGGGCCUCCCCUUCACCAUCCUCUGCGGGCAAAACCCCAGGCCCCGGCAGCAGAAACUCCGGAAGCGGUGUUGUGGGGAGCGGGAGCGGUGGCGGAGGGAGCUACUGGAAGGAAGGAUGUCUGCAGUCUGAGCUCAUCCAGUUCCACCUCAAGAAAGAGCGGGCGGCAGCGGCGGCGGCCGCGGCUCAGAUGCACACUAAGAACGGCGGCAGCAGCAGCCGCAGCUCCCCGGUCGCUGGCGCCCCUGCCAUCUGCGAGCCUCUCGCAAUCCCUUCAGUCUCCCCAAUGGCGGCGGCAGCGGAGGGCCCCCAGCAGAGCGCUGAGGGCAGCGCGAGUGGAGGGGGCAUGCAGGCGGCGGCGCCUCCUUCGUCGCAGCCGCACCCGCAGCAGCUCCAGGAGCAGGAAGAAAUGCAGGAGGAGAUGGAGAAACUGCGAGAGGAAAACGAGACUCUCAAGAACGAGAUUGAUGAGCUGAGGACCGAGAUGGACGAGAUGAGGGACACUUUCUUCGAGGAGGAUGCCUGUCAACUGCAGGAAAUGCGCCACGAGUUGGAGAGAGCCAACAAAAACUGCCGGAUCCUGCAGUACCGCCUCCGCAAAGCCGAGCGCAAAAGGCUCCGCUACGCACAGACCGGGGAAAUCGACGGGGAGCUGUUGCGCAGCCUGGAGCAGGAUCUCAAGGUUGCAAAGGAUGUAUCUGUCAGACUUCACCACGAAUUGGAAAAUGUGGAAGAAAAGCGAACAACAACAGAAGACGAAAAUGAAAAACUGAGGCAACAGCUUAUAGAAGUUGAGAUCGCAAAGCAAGCUUUACAGAAUGAACUGGAAAAAAUGAAGGAGCUAUCCUUAAAAAGAAGAGGAAGCAAAGAUCUGCCAAAAUCUGAAAAAAAGACUCAACAGACUCCCACAGAGGAGGACAGUGAGGAUCUGAAAUGCCAGCUGCAGUUCGCGAAGGAAGAAGCUGCUCUGAUGAGGAAGAAGAUGGCCAAGAUCGACAAAGAGAAGGACCGAUUCGAGCACGAGCUUCAGAAGUACAGAUCCUUUUAUGGGGAUCUGGACAGUCCUUUGCCCAAAGGAGAAGCCGGAGGGCCUCCCAGCACCAGGGAGGCUGAGCUCAAGCUGCGGCUGAGGCUCGUGGAGGAAGAAGCCAACAUCCUGGGCAGGAAGAUCGUGGAACUGGAGGUGGAGAACAGAGGCCUGAAGGCAGAACUCGACGACCUGAGAGGGGACGACUUCAACGGCUCGGCCAACCCGCUCAUGAGGGAGCAGAGCGAAUCCCUGUCGGAGCUGCGGCAGCACCUGCAGCUGGUGGAGGAUGAGACGGAGCUGCUGCGGCGGAACGUGGCGGACCUGGAGGAGCAGAACAAGCGCAUCACGGCGGAGCUCAACAAGUACAAGUACAAGUCGGGCGGCCACGAGAGCGCGCGACACCACGACAGCGCCAAGACCGAGGCCCUGCAAGAGGAGCUGAAGGCGGCGCGCCUGCAGAUCAACGAGCUCAGCGGCAAGGUCAUGCAGCUGCAGUACGAGAACCGCGUGCUUAUGUCCAACAUGCAGCGCUACGACCUGGCCUCGCACCUGGGCAUCCGCGGCAGCCCGCGCGACAGCGACGCCGAGAGCGACGCGGGCAAGAAGGAGAGCGACGACGACUCGCGGCCGCCUCACCGCAAGCGCGAGGGGCCCAUCGGCGGUGAGAGCGACUCGGAGGAGGUGCGGAACAUCCGCUGCCUGACGCCCACCCGCUCCUUCUACCCCGCGCCCGGGCCCUGGCCCAAGAGCUUCUCCGACCGGCAGCAGAUGAAGGACAUCCGCUCGGAGGCCGAGCGCCUGGGCAAGACCAUCGACCGGCUCAUCGCCGACACUAGCACCAUCAUCACCGAGGCGCGCAUCUUCGUGGCCAACGGGGACCUGUUCGGACUGAUGGAUGAGGAGGACGACGGCAGCCGCAUCCGGGAGCACGAGCUGCUCUACCGUAUCAACGCGCAGAUGAAAGCCUUCCGCAAGGAGCUGCAGACCUUCAUCGACCGCCUCGAGGUGCCCAAGUCUGCGGACGACCGCGGCGCCGAGGAGCCCAUAUCCGUGAGUCAGGUACAGUUCUGCCUAUUGCGAGCCACGGCGAUGGCCAGGCUGGUCCGCGGAUUCGUGCUCCUCGCUGGGGCGUCUCCGCGCACCGACCUCCACGCCCCGCUUCAGGGUCCCCGCGCAGAGCCUCACUGGGCUUGGUAGCCCCACAGCACACGUGUUCUCUCACACUGUCCUUCUUCAGGCCUCGGGUUUUCGGAACCCUCUUGGUAACUCCCUCCCCUCUGUUUUGGUUAAAAAGGAAAUUUACACACAUCCCCACCGUCAGUUUUUGUGUAAAGAUUAAAGGAUCUUAAACAUAUAUUAUUAUGUGUCGAUAUGUUUAGUAUUACUCGACCGAUUCUGCUGGAUCAGGCUGUAAGGAGAUCCCAAAUGGGAAUCUUUAAUUAUGUAUUUGCAGGUUUUGAACCAAGAUUGAAACUGAGUUUAAAAAGUUGGUUUGAUUACUAAGUAUCCAGGAUUAUUGUGUAACUACUGGCAAGUGUACAAGCCAACAGUGAAGAGAGGAUACUGUGUCUAGAUCCCUACCAAAAGGAACAAAUAGAAGUCACUCCUUUACAAGUGGAAGUAACAGGAUCGUUAUUUCUAGGGGGGAAAAAAAAUCACUGCCAUCUCUCUAUGUCAAAACUGGGGAAGGAGUGUUAUACUUUAACUUUAAUCCAACGCUGAUUCAGAGAAAUAGUAAUAACUAUUCCCGAACAGGGAAAACCAGCAUUUUUCCUUCAUCCUAAUUUGUAGAGGCACAACUGAUGAAUUGGACUGAGCUGCUCUAGCCAGGUAUGGUGGCCAAAGACCCAUGCAUUUUGUCAGAAUUAACCACAUAAGAGAGAAUUUGUAAAAACACAGCAGGCAGCGCUACCUCUCUGGCAAGCCUCCUGUCCUGUAUCCAUUGGAGAACACACGGAAGUACAACAGCGUGCAUGGCUUUUAAGACACGCAAGAGAUUUAAAUUUAAAGAUCACUGUAUACACAGAAGCAUGAUAUUAAAUUAACUGCCUGUUAGUCACAACUAGAAAAAUCGCAACCCUAUUGCUUAUUUACCUUGCAUGUUGCUCUGCUUUGUUAUGAAAAAAAAAAGUUUUGCGAUAAAACUUGUUGAAUUUUGAAAUAUUAAGGCUUAUUGUUUCUCAAAUGUCAAAUGGUUGGCUUUCAGUUUCCUUGUAGCAGAUUUUUGAAUACUUGAAGCAUGUGGGUUUUCAAUUAUACCAUCAGGGGAAAAAAUAGAAAUCAGAGUGAGAGAAAGAACUGUGUGUAUUAAUAGGUUUCAGAUUUUGUAAAUGCAGGCUUAAGGGAGGGUUCUUCUUCAUCUUAAAUUGAAUGAAUGCUUAGAUUAGUUAAUAUGAAUUUAAGUUUUAAAAAUUAUUAUUAAUUAACUCUUCUCUUUGUCUCUGCAUUUACCU